AUGGUGAGUCGGAAAGCAGCUCUAGCACACUGUCGAGCGCUUACAGCCGCCUGCCACUACUCCGAGGGUGACGUAAUGGUCUGCGUGGUAGACUGUCGUCGGGAAGCAGGUCUUUGGCAUGCUGCUCUAUCUAGUGUUUUCAAUGGGAUGCAUGUUGUGUUCGUACCCUUUAACGUCCUUCAAAUGGAUCCGGGCUCGUGGAUUCGCAUGGUGACCAAGUAUCGCGCCUCCGUGGCAAUUGUCAAAAGUCGUGAUCUGCAUUGGGCGUUACUGGCAGAACGUGAGCAUCCUUACUGCAACCUCUCCUCCCUUCGUGCUUUACUUGUCACUGAUGGUCAUAACCCUUGGUCUCUCAAUUCUUGUGACCUCUUUGCGGCGAAAUUCAAGACUCGAGGUCUCAAUCCGAAUGCCAUCUGUCCCAUUGCGGGUAGUUCUGAGACCCUCACUCUCUCGUUGCGGCGACCCAUUCCGACAAGCAGCACGACAGCACCAAGCACAGGUGGCUUAUUCGGCCUUCACUCCAACGGUGCACCUCGCGGUGCUCCGGUCCUUCCAACUACUAAUAAUGCUAGUCCUCAGCACACCGCUCCCAGCAGUAGUCCUGCUGCAGCUGCCGCCCGUGGAAUCAUCUCUAUUCACGCACUGAGUUAUGGUGUUAUCCGGGUGGAUUCAGAAGAUUCAUUUACAUCUCUGACUCUACAGGAUUGCGGUCAGGUUCUUCCUGGAGCGGCAAUGGUGGUGGUGAGUCUGGGUCCCAAGCCAACCGUUUGUCAAACAGACGAAGUGGGUGAGCUUUGUAUUGCGGCGGACUACGUUGGAACGGGCUACUGGGGACUGCGGGGUCAGACGGGUUCACAUUUCUGUGUCCAACCUAUCCAUGAGGAUGGUCGACCCGUGGUGAUAAAUACAAACGCUGCUGCUGUACCUGCUACUGCUGGGGCACUGCAUAUGCAU